AUGGCCGAUAAGGCUAAAGCAGCAGAGGCCAAGGCCAAGGGCAAUGUGGAGUUCCAGGCCAAAAAUUUCAAGGAGGCCAUUAAGCACUUUACGGAGGCCAUCAAGCAUGACCCCAGCGACCACGUCUUCUUCUCGAACAGGUCUGCAUGCUAUGCAUCCCUGGAGCAGUACGACAAGGCGUUAGAGGAUGGAUCUGAGUGCGUGCGGCUGAAGCCAGACUGGCCCAAGGGAUAUACGCGAAAGGGACUUGCAGAGUUCUUCCUGAAGAAGUACGAUGAUGCUGCGGAAACAUACAAGGCGGGACUGAAGCUGGCGCCAGAAGAUCAGACGUUGAAAGAGGGGUUGAAGAAGGCCAUGGACGCCAAGUACGACGUUCCUGGCGCAGGUGCGGGUGCUGGCGGAGGCGGCGGCGGCUUGCAGUUCGAUCCCGCAGCUCUUACAGCCGCGGCAGUGAGAAAUCCAAAGAUUAAGGAAUACAUGCAGGACCAGGAGCUGAUGCAAAAGGUGCAGAUGCUUGCCGCUCUCCCUGGGAACAUGCAGCAACAGAUGAUCAUGCAGAUGAUGAAUCAGGACAAAAGAGUUCUAGAGCUCUUCAUGGCCAUGCAGGGCAUCGACGUCAGCACCAUGAGUGGUGAGGACUUUGCGGGGCCUGAGCCUACUCCAGCUCCCAAGAAGAAGGAAGAGCCGAAAAAGGAAGAGGCUCCUCCAGAGGAUAACAGGACGCCUGAGCAGAAAGAGGCGGAUGACUGGAAGUCCAAAGGCAACGAGCUGUACAAGAAGAAGCAGUUCAAGGAAGCCUUGGAGAUGUACGACAAGGCCAUAGCCGUCGUGCCAGACGACAUCACCUACCACAACAACAGGAAUGCCGUCCUCAUUGAGAUGGGACCUGAGCAUUACGACGAGGUCGUCAAGAAUUGCAAAGAUCUCAUCGAGAGGAGAUAUGAGAUCAAUAGUGCGAACCCUGGCGGCGCUUCCUUCGAGAAGGUAGCCAAGGUGUUCCAAAGAAUGGCUUCCGUGUACGAGAAGCAGCUCAAGUACGAUGAGGCAAUUGCCAUGUACAACAAGGCCCUCACAGAGGACAACAACCGCAGCACUCGCAACGCCUUGCGGGAGUGCGAGAGGGCAAAAGAGAAGCAUGAGAAAGAAGCCUACCUGGACCCAGCCAAGGCUGAGGAGCACAGGGAAAAGGGCAACGAGUUCUUCAAGGAGAAGAAGUACGCAGAGGCCAAGGCAGAGUACGACGAAGGUCUCAAGCGCAACCCCAAGGAUGCGAAGAUGUACUCCAACAGGGCAGCAGCGCUGACCAAGUUGCUAGCGUAUCCGGAUGCUCUCCGAGACCUGGAUGAGUGCCUGAAGCUGGACCCGACCUUCGUCAAGGCAUACUCACGGAAAGGAGCAGCGCACUUCUUCAUGAAGGAGUACCACAAGUCAUUGCAGGCUUACGAGCAAGGACUGAAGCUGGACCCUGAAAACCAGGAGUGCAAGCAGGGCCGAGACCAGGUCCUAGCAAAGAUUAGCGAGACCUCGAGAAGUACCGAGGUGGAUGAGGAGCAGGUCAGGCAUGCCAUGGCGGAUCCUGAAAUUCAGCAGAUUCUGCAUGACCCUCAGAUCAAUAUGUUCCUGAAGGAAAUGCAGAACAACCCGCAAGAAGCGCAGAAGCAGAUGCACUCGGACCCAAAGCUCCAAGAAGCCGUGUCCAAGCUGAUAGCCGCCGGCAUCAUCCGCACGGGCUAG